GGCGGCUCCUGAGCGGCGAAGUGGCGUGGACCUCAUGUAGAAAUGACAAUGGAAGGGGCCAGCGGGUCGAGUUUUGGAAUAGAUACGAUUUUGUCCAGUGCCAGUUCGGGCAGCCCCAGCAUGAUGAAUGGAGAUUUCCGCCCUCUUGGCGAGGCUAGGACCGCGGAUUUUAGGAGUCAGGCCACUCCUUCCCCCUGUUCGGAGAUUGAUACCGUAGGAACGGCGCCUUCUUCUCCCAUCUCGGUCACCAUGGAGCCCCCGGAGCCGCAUCUGGUAGCAGAUGGGCCCCAGCAUCACCACCACCUACACCACAGCCAACAGCCGCCACCGCCAGCCGCGGCCCCCACGCAAAGUUUGCAGCCUUCACCCCAGCAGCAGCCGCCACCGCCACCACCACCGCAGCAGCCACCCGCCCAGCAGCUGGGCUCCGCCGCCUCGGCCCCCAGGACUUCCACCUCUUCUUUUUUAAUUAAGGACAUCCUGGGCGACAGCAAACCUCUGGCGGCCUGUGCACCCUACAGCACCAGCGUCUCCUCUCCCCAUCACACCCCGAAGCAGGAGAGCAACGCAGCCCACGAGAGCUUCAGGCCAAAGCUGGAGCAGGAGGACAGCAAAACCAAACUCGACAAGCGGGAAGAUUCCCAGAGCGACAUCAAAUGCCACGGAACAAAGGAGGAAGGAGACCGGGAGAUUACGAGUAGCCGAGAGAGUCCCCCAGUGAGAGCCAAAAAGCCUCGCAAAGCCAGGACGGCUUUCUCGGACCACCAACUGAAUCAACUGGAACGUAGCUUUGAGCGACAGAAGUACCUGAGUGUGCAGGACCGCAUGGACCUGGCGGCUGCGCUUAACCUUACGGACACCCAGGUCAAGACCUGGUACCAGAACCGCAGGACCAAGUGGAAGCGGCAGACGGCGGUGGGCCUGGAGCUGCUGGCCGAGGCGGGGAACUACUCCGCACUGCAGAGGAUGUUUCCGUCGCCGUAUUUCUACCACCCAAGCCUGCUGGGCAGCAUGGACAGCACUACCGCAGCGGCAGCUGCCGCCGCCAUGUACAGCAGCAUGUACCGGACUCCUCCAGCGCCCCAUCCCCAGCUGCAGCGGCCCCUGGUGCCUCGCGUGCUCAUCCACGGCCUGGGGCCCGGGGGACAGCCCGCCAUCAAUCCCUUGUCCAACCCCAUUCCAGGCACCCCGCACCCCCGGUGAAGAACAAGAAGAACGAGCGACGGCACUGCAGUCCCUUCCCCCAUCCCCUCCCCGACCCGGACAGCUGUCCCUCUUCUCCCCGCACCGGGCCAACAGGCCUCCCUAGCAGCCGACCAGGGAAGCAGAGAAGUAAGAGGAAGAUGCUCACCAGUGGGCUGGGGCCCCCAAAGAGGAACCAGCCCUCUUCUCUCCAUCUCCCCACCCUCAGAGACAGGGCUGGAAAGCUCUCCCACAGCAGUGUGACUGGCGAAAACGCUGACCCCACACAAAGUGCGUGACCAGUAAGUGAAAACA